AUGUCUAUCUAUGUAAGACCAUCAGUCGAGGUACAGGGCAAGCAAGGCAACGAUAUCAUUGAAGGUAACUUCGUCCACAUCAAGUUAAGAGGCGGGUCGCAUCAGGGCAAGGCCGAAACGACCAAGGAUCAAGCUAGUGCCCGACACAAAGGUGUGGUCAGCUACCCUAAGGGAAGUCCAACGUCAGCGAGGCAAUGCUUCUCAAUUUUUUUUUGA